AAAGUUAAGCGUGUCAUCGACUGGCAGGAAACUGUCCAAGCAACAGGGGCAGACUUUUUCCUAUAAAAGUCAUGAGACAAUCCACGCGUGUCCGCACUCAAUAGACGCCGUCUCGUCACACACAGCCCCGCCCCUCCCUAUUCGGGCACCUUCGGGACAACAUGAGCGCCUCCGUGGCGGUGUACCGGAGCAUCUUCACCGAGGACCGCUUCAAGCAGGCCUUUGGAUCAGAGGAGGACAAGGCGAGCGCAGGCGCGAGCGCAGGCGCGCGCGCGCGGCUGUGGGCCAAACUCGCCGGGAGCUGCAGGUGCUCACGGCGCGCCUGCCUCCAGCUGCUCCGUCACAGAGUUCCCAUUUGCAACUGGCUGCCCGCGUAUCGCUUCAAGAAAUGCCUGUUGGGAGACACCGUCGCUGGACUGACGGUUGGCGUCCUUCACAUCCCUCAAGGGAUGGCUUUCGCACUACUCACCCGUGUAGCGCCCAUAUUUGGCCUCUACACGUCCUUCUUCCCUGUGGUCCUCUACAUGAUUUUCGGCACAGGUCGCCACGUAUCCACAGGUACGUUUGCCGUGGUCAGCCUCAUGACCGGCUCUGUGGUGGAGCAGCUGGUGCCCGCCACGCCAGCCCAGUUGAACUCCAGUUCGCCCCAAGCGGCCGACUUUGAGCUCCAGAGGAUCGGCGUGGCCUCAGCUGUCGCGCUUCUCUCGGGACUUAUGAUGCUGUGUAUGUUUGCGCUUCAGUUGGGCUUCCUCUCCACCUACCUGUCGGAGCCCAUCGUGAAAGCUUUCACCAGUGCCGCCGCCUUCCAUGUCACCAGCUCGCAGCUGCAAAGCAUGCUGGGGCUUCGGCUGGCUCGCCACACGGGGACUUUUUCCCUCUUCAAGACUUUAGCGUCAGUGAUGGAGAACCUGCCUCAGACAAACAUGGCGGAGCUGCUGAUCUCCUUGGUGUGCUUAGCCGUGUUGGUCCCAGUGAAAGAGCUCAACACGCGCUACCGGCGACGCCUGCGGACGCCCAUCCCGGUGGAGAUCCUCACGGUGAUUAUUGCCACGGGCGUGGCCUACGCUUUCUCUCUGGACUCCAUUUAUGACAUUGAGAUUGUCGGCCAUAUUCCAGCAGGAUUCCCCAGGCCCGAAUUGCCCGCCUUGCACACGUUCCCCGCCAUCGCCGGGGACACGGUGGCCAUCACGUUUGUAGGCUACGCCGUGUCCGUCUCACUGGCCAUGCUCUACGCCGACAAGCACGGCUAUUCCAUUAACCCUAACCAGGAGCUGCUGGCUCACGGUAUCUCCAACACGGUGUCUUCCUUUUUCACAUGCUUUCCAAGUUCAGCCACUCUGGCCACCACAAACAUCUUGGAAAGUGCCGGCGGACACACGCAGUUCUCGGGCUUGUUCACCAGUCUGGUGGUCCUGAUUGUUCUGCUGCUUAUCGGACCGCUCUUCCACUUCCUACCUAAAGCGGUACUGGCAUGCAUCAACGUGACCAGCCUCAGGCAAAUGUUCUUGCAGUUCCACGACCUGCCGCAACUGUGGAGAAUCAGCAGGAUUGACUUUAUGGUUUGGGUGGUGACCUGGCUGUCCGUUGUGGUUCUCAACGUGGACGUCGGCUUAGCCGUCGGGGUGAUCUUCUCGAUGAUGACCGUCGUCUGCCGCACGCAAAGGGCCGGUUGCGCCGUGCUCGGCCGGGCCAGCAACACAGAAAUUUACAGACCACUGGAGAAUCAUAGUAAGUGCUACGAGGUGCCAGGGAUGAAGAUCCUGACCUACAACGGGCCUAUUUACUAUGGAAACCGCAGCUUCUUUAGGGAGGAGAUGAGUCGCUUGUUGGGCCUGACGCCGGAGAAGGUCCGUAGCCGAGAGAAAGCCAGAAAAGCUCGGGAGAAGCGGGAAAGAGAGACCAAUGUCAUCACGGUGGAAGGAGGCAUUGCAAAUGCAUCUUUUUCGUCCGAAAAUGAGUUCUUUCAAUUUGAAACAUCGGAGCAUGAUGUGCAGGAAGUACUGAUCGACUGCAGUCGUGUGAUAUUCGUUGACGUUGCCGGAGCGAGACUCUUCACUCAGAUGUGCCACGAAUGCCAGAAAGUCGGCCUCGCUGUGUUUUUGUCCAGCUGUAAUGAGAGCGUUUUAAAGAUUCUCACCUCAAGCGGCCUCAUGAACUACAUGAAGCCCCAGCACAUUUUCGUCACUGUCCAUGAUGCCGUCAUGUACAUUCAGCAGCAGAAGGGAAAGAAUCUAGAAGACACCACCACCGUUUGGGUGUGAAAACGAUGCACGGAUCCGACUUUCCGGCCCGUUUCAAAGAAGCAGUAGCCUGUUGUAGCAAAUUGGAGGCACCUAUUUAUGCUGAAGACAAUAUUUGUUUGCAAUCCAAAGACAAAUAGACCAAAAGGUGCACGGAACUGGUUCAAUAGUCAAUAUAUUUAUAUAUUUUAUAAGAGCAUAUGGACAUGCAAUACGGUUUGGUAUUUGUCUGCAAUUGUCUUCCAGUUGCUCACAUAAGACUUUUCAAGGAAACGAGACUACGUUUUAUUAAAAGAAGUGAUUGCUUUCUUCAUC